UUCGCGUAUAAAGCGUAUUUUGCUAAAUCGCUUGCUUAUUUCUUUAUUAUUACAUAGUUAAAAUGUCUCCCAAGUCAAAUCAUACAGUGAGAAGAGUUCGGGGAAAGAAAAAAAAUCAGUUCACAAAAGCCAAAAUUGUACAAGCAAGAGAAAAGCUAUUACAAAGUGUGGACGCAAGUAGACACAAGAAGCUUUUAGAGAAAAUAAUCCAAAGAAAAUAAGAUCCGAUAAAGACCAUGUAGAAAUGAAUAAACACGUAGAUAUAACAACCUUGGGAAAGAAUCUAUGGUGUACAAAAUGCGACCUGCCAAUUUCUUUAAGAGACGUGAGGCAUGAUAAUAAAUAUGGUGUCGCCAGUAUUCUUACAGUCGAGUGCUUACGUUGUAAUAUAUUGCACAAAGUUCCUACUUUUCAAGCAGAGGAGAAUUCACCAAUCAGUUUUCCAGUUAAUUUGAAUAUUGCUCUUGGAAUGAUAGAUCAUGGGCUUGGCGAGACGCAUAUCAACGGUCUAUUCGCUGCAGCCAAUUUUCAAACAAUCUCCCCUGCUUUUUUAAAAAAAACUGAAAGAAGAGUAGGUAAAGCUAUAGAAAAAGUAGCUAAAGAAUCAUGUUUAGAGAGUAUUAGAUUAGAAAAGAAGGAGACGCUGGCUAAUAUUCAGAAAGAGAGCAUGUAAGCAUUUUUGAGG